UGUUAGAGGAGAUGAAACAGCAGGAUAAUGAAGAUGCGUGUGUGCGUGGCGGGACAGAAUGAGUGCUGCUGGGUCAUGGACGUGCCAGUAGAGGAUAGGGACAGCUGUGGCAUUCCCUGGGCGAGACACUGACGCAGCGGGAGGAACGUUUGGGUUCCUCUCGUCUCUCCAGCACCAGCCUAACCAUGAGACUGGCCCUCCUGGCCUUCAGACUGAUGUGCUUGGCCUGGCUGUGGCCCCUCACCCACAACAGCAGCCACUCAGCAAAAAAGAGGAGACACAAGGAGCACAUUGGAGAGAGCACCAAGCAGAAGCAUGGAGGACGAGUUGAUCUUAAGCUCAAAAAGCUGGACAGCACCAAGUCGCUGCUAAUUAAAUCUGAGCAGCUGCUUCGGAUUGAAGAUCAUGACUUUGCAAUGCGGCCUGGCUUUGGAGGUUCUGCUAUUCCUGUCGGCAUUGAUGUUCAGGUGGAGAGCAUUGACGGUAUAUCUGAAGUAAACAUGGACUUCACCAUGACGUUGUACCUGAGGCAUUACUGGCAGGACGACCGCCUGGCCUUCCCCUCCAGCAGCAAUAAGAGUCGUACCUUCGACGCACGUCUUGUGAAGAAGAUUUGGGUUCCUGACGUGUUCUUCGUCCACUCUAAGCGUUCUUUUAUCCACGACACAACCAUGGAGAACAUCAUGUUGAGGGUUUUUCCUGAUGGCAAUAUUCUCUACAGUGUCAGGAUCACGGUGACUGCGCUUUGCGCCAUGGACUUCAGUAGUUUCCCUCUGGACACACAGAAUUGCUCUCUGGAGCUGGAGAGCUAUGCUUACAAUGAAAACGACCUGAUGCUCUACUGGAAGAAUGGGAACGAUUCUUUAAGGACUGACGAGAUCGUGCUUUCUCAGUUUUUUGUUGAAGAUUUCCAGCCUUCCUUCGGGCUUUCCUUCUACAGCAGCACUGGUUGGUACAAUCGGCUCUACAUAAACUUCCUUCUCAGGAGGCACAUCUUCUUCUUCAUGCUUCAGACAUACUUUCCCACCAUGCUCAUGGUGAUGCUGUCCUGGGUGUCUUUCUGGAUAGACAGGAGGGCUGUACCUGCCCGUGUCUCUCUGGGCAUCACCACGGUCCUGACGAUGUCCACCAUCAUCACCGGUGUCUCAGCCUCUAUGCCACAGGUGUCUUACGUUAAGGCCGUAGACAUCUACCUGUGGGCCAGCUUCCUGUUUGUCUUCCUGUCUGUCAUCGAGUACGCUGCUGUCAACUACUUCACUACGGUGGAGGAGAUGAAGAGGCUCAGGAAGGCAAAGAUCCCAGACUCCUACGACGCCAACCAGGCUAUGGCGUUCGAUGGCUGUUUCCACGACAAUGACAUCGACCUGACUCCUUUUCCAGACACAACCAGCACCUCAAACACAGAGAGGAACACGCAGUCUCGAAACUCUACCGUCUCCGGACCCACAGAGGGAACGAGGCUACGCCGCAAGCACCCUUUACUACAAAACCUCAGCUUCAUCAUGAGCCACAGCUACAUGAUCGACUCCUACUCCAGAGUCAUCUUCCCCCUGGCUUACCUGCUCUUCAACAUCAUUUACUGGAGUAUGUAUGCAUCGUAAAUCACCUAUGCAUCAGAGGAAACUAUUGAUUUAAGACUAUUUCCACCACAAUACAGUUUAACACCAACAGGCUGCAAUAAACUGAUUAACAAAACUCUGCUAUGGGAUUCGACCCCAAGUCUGUCUGAUGAUGAUAUCGUGCAUGAUGUCGUCUACAUGGAAAACAUCUGGGAUCAGCUGUUGCAUUGAAUGGCUGGCUAUUUUUGCUGAUGUUUAUAUUUUUUUCUCGCAUGCCUGUUUUAUAAAAAACAUAGUUUUAUUCAAACAAAUGUGU